AUACAAGCAACUCUUUCUUUCUUCUCAUGCGAUUAGAAACCUGUCAAAUAAAGAUUUUUUUUUUUUUUUUUGCCAAAAAUAAGGAGUCAACUUAGCAAAAUCCUCUUCUAUAUAAAGGGUGAGAGCCAAACUCACUUUCUCCACAACCUCUUGGCCUCACUCAACUGGUAGUAUAGCUAAUAUCCAUAAACUUGGCUUUUUCAAAAAUGGAGCCGAGCAAAGAUGGUGAAGCAAGAAGCAUUGAUAAAGAAAAAUGGGUUUAUGAUUCUUCUGUGGAUCAUAAAGGAAGGAUUCCUCUCCGUGCUUCCACCGGUGUUUGGAAAGCUUCUCUUUUUAUUAUCGCAAUUGAAUUCAGUGAGAGGCUGAGUUACUUUGGAAUAGCAACGAGCUUGAUAAUUUACAUGACAAAGGUGAUGCAUGAAGACUUGAAAACGGCAGCCAGGAGUGUAAACUGUUGGGCUGGUGUUACCACCUUGAUGCCUCUGCUUGGUGGCUUUGUUGCUGAUGCUUACUUGGGUCGAUUCUCCACUGUUCUUGUUUCCACCAUAACCUACCUUCUGGGUUUGAUUCUCUUAACAUUGACCCAAUUCGUCCCGAGUCUCAAAACAUGUGAAGCAGAUGUUUGUCCAGAGCCACGGAAGGUCCAUGAAGUGAUCUUCUUCAUCGCCAUCUACUUGAUCUCCAUAGGAACUGGAGGACAUAAACCUUCUUUAGAGAGUUUUGGAGCCGAUCAAUUUGAUGAUGAUCACAUCGAAGAAAGAAGGAAAAAGAUGUCGUAUUUUAAUUGGUGGAGCUUUGGCCUAUGCAGUGGAGUCCUACUUGGUGUGACAUUGAUUGUUUAUGUACAGGAUCAUAUGAGCUGGGGAGCUGCAGAUAUUGUUCUCACUGUAGUUAUGGCUCUAUCGCUAGUCAUCUUCAUUGUAGGAAGGCCAUUUUACCGUUUUCGGGUGCCGAAAGGCAGCCCCUUGACCCCCAUGCUGCAGGUUCUUGUUGCUGCUAUGAAGAAAAGAAACCUGCCAAAUCCUUCCAAUCCUGAUGAUCUCUAUGAAGCACCCAAGUCGCAGAUGGACCAAGGGAGGCUUCUUUGCCAUACCCAUAAGCUCAAAUUUCUAGACAAAGCGGCUGUUUUAGAAUAUAAAGAAAAUGCUGCCGAGAAGCAAAAUCCUUGGAGACUUGCAACCGUGACAGAGGUGGAGGAAAUGAAGCUUAUUCUCAAUAUGAUACCAAUUUGGAUAGCUACCUUACCAUUUGGAAUUUGUGUAGCACAAGCCUCCACAUUCUUUAUCAAGCAAUGCACCACAAUGAACCGAAAGAUCGCUAAUGGUUUCUUAAUCCCUCCAGCUUCUAUAUUUGCACUUGCAGCCAUUGGAAUGAUAAUCUCCGUCACCAUUUACGAGAAGGUCCUAGUACCAGUACUAAGAAGGUUGACAAGAAACGAGCGAGGCAUCCCAAUCCUCCAAAGAAUAGGCAUUGGAAUGCUUUUUUCAAUUGCUUCAAUGGUUGUCUCAGCCAUGGUAGAGAGAAAGAGACUAAGUGUUGUGGAGAAGGAUCCCCUCAAGGGUUCACUCUCAAUGAGUGUGUUUUGGCUGGCUCCACAAUUUUUUAUCACAGGCAUAGGAGAUGGAUUUACACUAGUGGGAUUGCAAGAGUAUUUCUAUGAUCAAGUUCCUGAUUCAAUGAGAAGCCUAGGCAUUGCUUUCUACCUUAGUGUGAUUGGGGCUGCAAACUUUGUUAGUAGUCUGCUAAUAACAGUUGUGGAUCAUGUUACAGAGAAAUAUGGCAAGAGCUGGUUUGGGAAGGACUUGAAUAGUAGUCGUUUAGACAAUUUUUACUGGCUAUUAGCAGGGAUUGCUACAACAAAUAUGAUAAUCUAUGUGUUGUUGGCCAAGCAAUAUUCUUAUAAAAAUGUGAAUAGGAAGGUGGCUGUGGGUGAUUGCUCUGGGGAUGAUUGGAUAAGCUCCGUGGCCUGAAAUUAAGGAAAGUUUCCCUAAAUUGUGUAUAAAUAACAUGUCUUAUAAUGCAUUUUACUCGGUAUUUUAAGUCUGCUAUGCUUCAGCAUGUAUAUAAUCAAAAAAUUAAAAAAAAAAACUCAUGAUUUGUGCCGAUUAUUUCAUGUCCAGCUGGGGUGAUGGAAUCCAAUGAAGCUAAAUUUCUAGCCAUCAGUAAAGCUUUAUUCUUUGUCA